AUGAGAACAACUGCGCCUCCAGACUCACGCCCUCAACUCUGGAAUCUCGUGCGACAAAGAUUCAAAGAGAACUUGCAUGAUGCUAAUGACCUCGAGCUCUGUAUGGAGACAUUCUCCCACGAUAUCCUACUGUCACAACUCAGGAGCGUGGCGAAGGCUCACCGAAAUGAAAACUUUCUGCUGACGAGCCUGUCCCGAAUCCGCCCAAGCCUGGCAUACUUGAAUGACUUUAUGACGGUGUUGGUCUUAUCAUUUGCUCUAGAUGUCAAGACUGGUGCCUUACUAUGGGGCGGAAUGUGUCUUCUACUAUCAGAGAUCAUUCUGCAGUUAUUGGCGCCAUUAGAAGAAAUAUUCAGCGAGGUCCAGAAUAUGCUGGAAGAGUUGAUCGCGACGCUGCCCGGAAUCCAUCCUUUUGAAGAUAAUAUAACCCUAGAUGAAAGGUUGGAGACUGCAAUGGUCGACUUGUAUACUGAAUUGGCGUUAUUCUGUGCGCGGGCUAUCAGUUUCAUUCGUGUUCGGCGUCAGCAUUUGCUUCCUAUUCGGCAGUCAUGGCCGCAGUUCAGUCGUGAAUUCCAGCAAGGCCUCAAGCGUGUUCAGAUGUUAUCUCAACAAGUGGAACGAGAGACUCAGCGCGCAGCCACCACGGCGGUCCUCAAAUGGAACAACGAGAUGAUCACUUUAUUUCAGUCUCUCAAUACUGGCCAUAACCACAAUGGCUUAGUGAUCCCUUGCUUUCACGUUCCAUCAACGCUGAAUGACCGCUUCUACAUCCGCGAGGAAUUGUUGGGACAGAUAGCUGACAUACUGAGCCCUAAAGCUGGUCACUCAGGUCCACGCACCUUAGCACUGUAUGGGAUCGGUGGUGCAGGGAAGACACAGGUAGCUUUGCAAUACGCCUAUCGCUCACGGGACCAAUUCGAUGCCGUCCUUUGGGUCUCGGCUGAUAGUACGGUCAAAAUGGCACAGGACUACAUGGCUGUUGCCCGGCACCUCGGGGUCAUUCCCGCCAUGCAAGAGACCCAGGAUGCAUUUGGCGCGAUGGGUAAGGUGAAAUCCUGGCUCGCCGACACAACAUGCUCCUGGCUUCUCAUAUUCGACAACGCUGACAAUCUGGAGGUUCUGGACUAUGGAUGGCCAAGUGGCGUGGCAGGUUCUAUUUUGAUUACCACCCGUGAUUCCAAUGCUAGUCUACACCCCGCCUCACAAGGUCUCCAAGUGGACGUUUUUAACACCACGGUUGGUACUCAAGCUUUGGCGCGCCUUCUUGGGCCGGGAUACGGCAAGCCGGAUAAUGAACCACUGAUUGAGAAGCUCAAUAAUCUAUUAGGAGGCUUACCUCUUGCCCUAAACCAAAUCAGCAGCUACAUCCGUCAACAGAAACUGGGUCUAAAAGACUUCCUUGUUCUAUAUCGUAAAAAUCAGGAAAGGUUUCACAAGAGGCGACCGGCAGCAUUUGACUACCAGCAUACAAUUGGCACGGUCUGGGAGCUCGCGUUGGGAAAGCUUACCGGUGACGCGGCCGUGCUGCAACGACUGAUUGCUUUUCUUGAUCCCGAAGCUAUCGAUGAGACUACCUUAUGCAACGCAGCCUCUUCUCUUGCUGACCACACCUCACCAUAUGACCUCAAUAUAAGGUUUCUAACGGACCCAAUUGACUUCGAGGACGCGAAAAUAGACCUCCUUCGAGCAGCACUUAUAGACCGUGACCCACACGCAAACAGUCUUUCAACCCACCGCCUGGUCCAGCAGGCGACGCUUUCAGGAUUAUCACUAGCGGAUAGAGCUCGAUACUUUGAUAUGUGUUCCCAGCUCUUAUGUCAGGCCUUCCCAAGUUCAUGGACUGACCAGGGGUACGUUUGGAUAUAUCAUGCAUGGGAGGCCUGUGAGAAAUGUCUGCGCCAUGUGAUGUUCCUGGCGGAGAGGUUCAAACAGGUUGAAGGUGGCCUAAAAAAUCUAGACACAUUCAUCGAGCUUCUGCUUCGAUGCUCAUGGUAUUUAUACGAGGCUGAAUACUAUGUGGAAAGCCAAGGGCUUCUGGAGGUCUGUCUGCAAGCCUUAGAACGAAACGGCGAUACGAAGUCUAUGAACUACGCACAGGCCCUCAACGUAAUGGGCCUUGUCCAGGUCGACCUCCGAGAAAACAGCAAAGCACUAGUCAACCUGCAGAAAGCACUAGAGAUUCGCGAAGCCAUUUUACCACCAACCGACUGGGGAAUAGGAGUCAGCAUCAGCAAUGUAGGAUUCGCCUACACCGAGCUCGGCGACCUGAUACAAGCAAUGAGGUACCUCCAGCGAUCCCUAGAUUUCCGCAAGGCAAUCAACUGCCGAAUGCUCGACAACUCCUACGCCAAUAUCGCCAGCUGCUUGUUGCGAAUGGGAAGACCAGACGAAGCUGAAGCCAUGUAUACUGCCGUUCCGGCUGUCCGAGAUCUAACGGACGAGCAACUUCUUCGAGAGAAUCUACCCCGAUAUGCAAGUGGCAUGCAGCUCUUGAGCAUGGUGCGACAGGCCCAGGGCCGACUGGGCGAAGCGUUGGACUUCGCUUCCAAGGUGCUUCAGUUCCGACGACAGAAGUUCGGAUCUCGGUUCAAGACUUGUGAUUCUCUGUGUCAUGUUGCUAGACUUAUGAUGCUGACGGGGAAAUCUAUGCCUGCUCUCCAGCUUCUUGAUGAAUGUAUCGCAGUUGCUAGCAGCUUACCGAAGGCUGAGGGUUACUUAGCUUUAGCAUACUACCGGAAAUUUAAGAUAUAUAGAGGUGAAGGCCAUACGUAUGCGGCAGAUUGCUUGAAAGAUGCCGUUCGAGCAAAACAAAUUGCUGCGUCUCGUCUUGGGGGUGACUAUGACCCUACACUUGCCGAUGAUGAUGAAGGGGCAUAUACACAGUUAGUAGCGUGGUUGCUUUGGUGA